UUUUCCCACAAACCAAUGCUUCCUUUUCUCUCCGCAGCCAUCCAGCCCACGGUCCACCCGGUGGUGAUCCCUAAGAACCAGUUCUGUGUCAUGUCUCUGGACCCGGACACUCUGCCGUCCAUCGCCACCACGCUCAUCGACGUGCUCUUUUAUUCCAACAGUCCUAAGGAGGAUGCUGCCAACCAGGGUUUGGACUGCAUCAAGUUCUUCUCCUUCUCCCUCAUCGAUGGCUACAUCUCACUGGUGAUGGACACUGAGGCUCAGAGACAGUUUCCUGCUGACCUCCUCUUCACCAGCUCCUCUGGGGAGCUGUGGCGAAUGGUUCGUAUCGGGGGACAGCCGCUUGGCUUUGGUAAGGCCGCUUUCUUUAAAAGACUUAAUCACAUAGUCAUUUAAUCUAUGUACAGGUUUGUCAUGGCUUCCUUCCUUGUUUAUCUAUCAAGCCACUAGACGCCUUAAACAGACAUUUUUAACUUGUUUUCUUCCUUUAUAUUACUUACAGUUGAAGAUUUGCUUGGCCUCCGAUGGAUUAGAUCAGGGGUCUGCAACC